AUGCAAGUAGCUAUGGCCAUUACUAUAAAAAACGUCUCAGAUGUCGACACGCUCGGCGAUGCUGAUUUUAAAAAGCAUGUCAAGCUGAAACCCGCGCAAUUGCCCAUGCUGACCAUCGUCCCCUCGCCCAAUGCUCUUCCCUCCGUACCGCUGGAACGACAAAUGGUCGGCUUCCAGCCGUCUCCGCUUACAUCGCCAUCUCAAGACCUUCAUUCGUCCAUCCACUCGUCGACUACGUCGAGCACACUGUAUAGCUGUAGCUCGGCAACAUCUUCCAACAACGCUUCCAGCGAGGAGUAUCUGCUGGGAUCGGAAGUGGUGCCGGCUGCUGCCUCCAAGCAGGUCGAAGUGCUGCAGCUGUUCGACUUCGUCACAAAUUCUGGCUUCCCUGUUAGUCCCGACUUUUAUGAUCGGUGUCUGAUUGGCAUUGCCGACACGCUUGAGCUUUCAGAGUUCCUCAACGCAUUUAGAGUGAUUGGGAGCAUUUUUGAGAAGCUCCAGGUGUUGGAAACGGCCCCGAGCUCUGAAGCUUUCGAGAAGACAGUGUUGUUUUUAUGCAGACAGACACGCUGGAUCGCCCAGCACAAGCAAGUGCUUGAGUCUCGUUGUUACGGAGGCUCUGUAUGCGUGGAACAGCUCGCCAAGAUCCGCAGUUUUUACGAUGCAAACAAAUCCAUGAAUCUCCUGGCCUCGUUUCUGAAGCGCUUUUGGAACUCAUAUGAACGCAACUUGUCGUCUGAGUUUUAUCACGAGGUGCUGUCUGCUAUUUCGCAGUACGGAUCGUCUGAUGACUUGCUGAUGGUAUAUGACCAUAUGCAAAGAUGCAGCAUUCCCGAAACGGCACAAACGUUCAUUUCGCUCAUUCGGGGUUUUGGACGCGCGAAAGAUUUAACUGUUGCGAUUGAGUGCUUCAAUGAGUACAAACGCAGCUUUAACACAUUACCUGCACACUCUUCGUACGAUGUGUAUGCGGCCUUGGUUACAGCAUGCUUCGACUGUGAUGAUUCUGACCGUGCGGUCAAGUUUUUUGCACGAUUGGAGCAAGAAGAUGAAGGCGAUGUUCCGCCUUCACUCAUUUACAUUUUUGGACAGCGGUUUGCUGAACUUGGCGAGUUUGACAAAGCCAUGAGCUGGUUGGAACGGCUUCAACAAAUGAAAUCGACCUCUAGCUUGGUCCCUAAACUUGGCUCCACUAUACUAAACAAUGCAGCACAGAAACGCGUGUCAACUGUUGUCGACAAGCUGUUGGAAAUGAUUCCUUUGAAAGCCUUCCGGAAGGAAUAUGUGGCUUUAAUGAACUACUUCUUGUACCUGGCAGCAACCAAACAGUUUACUGCCUUUAUCAAUGAUUCUAAUGAUUAUCUUCGUUCUUUAUCUAUGUGGACGAACUGUACUUUCAAGGAAGCCUACCUUGGAUUAAUUCAAAAUGGACGUUUGAACGAUGCAUUGGAUGUUUUGGAGCAUCACGUUUCGACACCGGUUGUUGACUCACACUUCGAUGUUGACAAUCCUACUUUGCAGAAAGCCAUUUUGGAAGAUUUCUGGUCUUGUUUGUCACUGAAUUCCGAGAAGAUGGAUUCUUCGUUACGGAUAUUGCUGAUGCUCCAAAACCAACCGCAUUAUUUUGUAUUGAAUUACGCCGCCGAAUUAGCGGUUUGCUUUUUAGCUUCUCAGGACCCAAGUGCGCCUUGUGACUCGGAGUUGUGGUCCUACCUGUUCGAAUAUUUAUGUUUCACUAUUUGCAAGGUUCCGCAGAACUCGGAACAUCUCGAGAGCUUGCGAAACACUUUCUCUUUCGUUGUAAAACACAAUAUACCGUUGACGAUUCGCGAUCAUGCUCUUGUACAUAAAGUUUUUAACACGUAUUCUACUCAGCUCAAGGGUAUCAAAUCGUUUGAUGAAUUGUUGGCGCCGUAUCGGAUGCCUUCAGUCGAUAUUGCUAUGAUGCGGAAUGCAUUUCCUAGUAGAUCUGCAUUGCGUUCCCACAUACCGAAGAUUGAAAUUGAAUCUAGUGGAGAGAUAAUACCUGUACUCGAAGGCAUUGUUGAUCGGGCGACUGCUGUUCGCUUUUACAAUCGUGUUGCGAAAGCACAUUACAAUGGCAAACUAUUUUUGCCCACUGUGUACAUUUUGCUAAGUCAGACGCUUAUCAAAUUUAACCUCUUUGGAGCUGUCGAAAAGAUGAGAAUGUACUCUCUGACGCUGCAAAAGGAGAUGAUGCCGCAUUUCAAACGGCAUGCUGAGCUUUUUCAAGCUGCUAUUCUUGAUACGCAGUUAGCUUCUUUUGCCAUGCAAAAGAAAAACAAGCAGGCUUUCCGGUUGAAAAACACUAUCGCUCGCUUGGGUUAUUAUCCUAGUGCGUCUAGCUAUGCGCAUAUUAUCAGUAAUAUUGUUGAUUCAAAGGAGCAUGACGAUGCGGCGGAGGCUCUACGCUUCUUCAAAGAAGCAAAAGAGCAUAAUGUCAGACCUUCCGUCUUCUUAUACAACACGGUUCUUUCAAAACUUGGCAGAGCUAGGCGCACCUCUGAAUGUAUAACUUUGUUCGAGGAAAUGAAGUCUCUGGGUUUGGUUCCAUCAAGUGUAACUUAUGGUACCGUUAUCAACGCCGCAUGUCGGAUUGGCGAUGAGACGCUUGCUGAAGAACUAUUUGAGGAAAUGGAGCAGCAGCCAAAUUACCAGGCGCGUGUUGCCCCAUACAAUACUAUCAUACAGUUUGAAAUCCAGGUACUUCACAACCGGGACAAAGCUCUGAAGUAUUAUGAAAGAUUGAGGAAACAUAAAAUUAAGCCAUCUACUCAUACUUACAAGCUUUUGCUCGAUGCGUAUGGAACAUUGGAGCCAGUUGAUUUCGUUGCUGUUCAAGGUGUCAUGCGGUCAAUGGAGCAUAAUAAAUGUGCUCUACAAGCUAUGCACUAUUCUGCGUACAUGCGUAUUUGCGGUUGCAUCAUGAAAAAAAUGAAUGAAGCACGGAAAACAUAUAAGGCGGCUUUAUCAAUGCACCAGCAGGGCAAUCUUACACUGGACGGAUAUCUCUUUCAAACUUACAUCGAUGUUCUCGUUGCUAAUGGUCAUAUUGAUGAGAUUUCUGAAGUAAUUAAGGACAUGGAAAAGCACGAAAUAAGACUUAAUGCGUAUAUCGUUAACUCCCUUAUUACUGGAUUCUUUAAGGCAAAGCAAAUUGAGACAGCACGUUACUUCUAUAACUGUCUCGAUGGUGAAGGUAUCUAUGGAAAAGAGCCCAGUACAUAUGAAACCAUGGCAAAAGCAUACCUUGGAUGUGGCGACCGCAAAAAUGCAUUGCGCGUUCUUGAGGAGCUUUCCAAACGAAAAUUUCCAGAGGCCGUUGUAAAACGCGUUGCCGAUUCUAUUAUGUUUCGGAAUCAUUCAUAA